AUGCGCUUCUCCACCACUUCAGCCCUCCUCCUCCUCGGAGCCGCCACAACCAUCGCCCACGAGAUAAAGAUGACCUCCUAUACCAUCAACGAUGCCGACGCCGACGCCAAAACCUGCGGCGACAUAGACCUCGGCACCGCCGUCGGCACCGAGACCACCGUGCAAGUCUCAGGCGACAAGACGCCCAGCGCGUGCCAGAACCUCCACCAGGAAGCCCCGUGCGCGGUCUGGCAGCGCGAUAGCGCCACCCCCAGCAGCCUGGGCGACAAGGGCGUGACCCUGUGCACCGUGAGCGUGUACGCCGGCUCCCGCUGCAGCGACAGUAAGCUAUUCUCGAAAAGCUCCGGCAACUCGCAGGGCGUCGACUACACCAUAUCGGCGGCGUACAGCACGAGUUACCCAACCCGCGGCAGAUCGAAGGGAUGGGGGUCGUACGAUGUGGUAUGUCAGGACGAGGUGCAGGGGGAGGAGUCGUCGUCUUCGUCUUCGGCGGCCGCUGAGGACAAGAGGGCUGAGGCUACGCCGGCGCCGGCGCCGCGGGCAUUUGAUGCUUGA